AGGAUCAGAAUAAGUGAGUGUAUGAUAAAAAUAUGUUAUUAAAAUGCAGUGCAGACGGAAGACCGAUCAAAGUGAACGGAUCCCCGGUCAACCAAGGAAAUGGUGCGAGAGGCAUGAAAAUGACUAUGUCCACGACGGCUACCAUGACCGCCCGUGUCCACAGGAAAGUAAUGAGGGCGCCGCAUAAACGAGUGCACCCGGGCAAAACGGCGCACCCAGGCAAAAUGGUACACGCAGGAAAAAUGGCCCAUCAGGGCAAAAUCCACCACCCGGGCAAGAUCGUUCACUCGGGCAAAAUCGCACAAUUAGGCAAAUUCGGAAAACUCGCUCAUUACACACAGACACAUGCUCUACGGCCGCCUGAGCCCUGCGAGAACAGUAAUGAUAGCGGACUCGGUCCAGACCCAAUUAACAGAUUAUCGGACUCGGUGGAGGAAUGGGAGCACCCAGAUAUGAAACGGAGGCGUGGCGAGAGCGAGACGGCAGUAAAGAUAGAGUGCGACAACGCUAACGAUGCGUACGCGUUCCCGACGCCGUCCGCCCCCGCUUCCGCGUCCGCGUCCGCUCCACUCGAUGGCUCGCUGACACUCGCGGCUACUCCGAUCCUGCCCCAUCCUGUAAUAAGAGCGGGCUGCAGUAUAUCUAGUCCAAGCAUCAGCGAGACACAAGGCAAAAGAUUCCAAGACCAGUACAAAUCGUGCGGGAAAUUUGGAAGUAGUGGCAAGCUCGCGAACAAAUACGCCGGAGGCGGCAAGCUAGGGGGCUCGGGCGGCAAACUGGGGGGCAAAGGGGGCAAGUAUGGGGGCAAACUCGUCCAAGUACUGGCGCGGCGGAGAGCACUCGCCGCCAUGUCACAUUCGGGACCUCCAGGUUUAUCAGCGCCGCUCACCAAUAGGUCGAGAGACGGGACAGUAGAGCUGCAGAUAUUAUGUCAACCAGAAUCACAGCACAGAGCGAGAUAUCAGACUGAAGGCAGCCGAGGGGCUGUUAAAGACAAUUCAGGCAACGGAUUUCCAAUAGUGAAACUGGUCGGUUAUGAUAAACCGGCUGUAUUACAGGUGUUCAUAGGUACAGAUACUGGCCGGGUAGCGCCACACAUGUUCUACCAGGCGUGCAGAGUCUCGGGGAAGAACUCGACGCCUUGCAAAGAACGGAAGGAAGACGGAACUGUAGUGAUUGAGAUCGAUCUGGAGCCGUCCAAGAACUGGCAGGUCACCUGCGAUUGUGUGGGGAUACUCAAGGAGCGCAACGUAGAUGUGGAGCAUAGAUUCGGUGAGACGAUGGGAGGAGGCGCAGCGGGCGCGGGGCAAGGCGCGGGCGGAGGCUCGGCGCACGUGUCGCGCGGCAAGAAGAAGUCCACGCGGUGUCGAAUGGUGUUUCGUACCGACAUUGUCUCCGCCGCCGGCCACAGGGAGACGCUGCAGGUCUGCUCCACGCAAAUCAUAUGCACACAACCGCCUGGCGUCCCAGAAGUAUGCCGCAAGUCAUUAGUAUCAUGCCCCGCCACGGGCGGACUCGAGCUGUACCUCCUCGGGAAGAACUUCCUCAAAGAGACCCGAGUGGUGUUCUGCCAGCGGCAGGACGGCCGAAACGUCUGGGAGGAAGAGGUGGUACCUGACAAGGAAUUCUUGCAACAGACGCACCUGGUGUGCUGCGUGCCGCCGUUCGCGCGCGCGGACGUGUCGGAGGCGGUGUCGGUGCAGCUGUUCGUGCGGUCGGGCGGGCGCGCGUCCGAGCCGCACGCGUUCUACUACACGCCGCCGCACCUCGACACCGGCCCGCUGCACUGCACGCGCCACCUCGCGCCGCCCGCCAACACUUCCGGUAGCGACCACGGCCGCAGCCCGCAGCCGCCUGCUGACCCGCGCCAGCACGGUACUGACGAGGCGCGGCCCGUGCUGAUGUGGGGCGGCGCGGCGCUGAUGCCGCCGCCCGCGCUGCCCGUGCGCCGCCCCUCCAUCAUCGUGCCCGACCCGCACUCGCCGCUAGGACUCAAGAGCGAGGUGGCCGACGAAUCCAGCCAGCAUUCCUUAGCAGAUCACGCGGAGACUUCAUGCGGGGCCGAAGGACCCGAGGGAACUUCUCACCAACCACUGCUUACCGAGGAUCUUAAAGUCGUCGAUCUGAGGCUCAAGUCUGAGACAAUCACGAGAGAUGGCCAGAGUCAGGUUGGCUUCGUCAGCGGAUACGAGUCCAUGAAGCUGUCGCCGACAACCCCGACGCAGAGCGAGCCACCGUCGCCACUCGCUUCCUUCACUCAGCAACUGCAGGCCAUACAGAACCAGGUCCAGACAGACAAAAUGGUCGAAUCUGUCACCGCCGCUAUAUUUAAUUCGGACGACAACGCCGGCCAAAUAUAUCCCCCUAUUAUGCCUAUGUCCACGAUGGACUCCAUGCGGCAACUCAUCUCCUCUAAAACCACCAUCGAUCCUCUAGAGACGGACAUGAAGGUGUUGAACCCAGAAAUGAUGAUAACCGAUACUACUAUGCAAUCGACGGUCCUACAAUCGACAACCGAGCAGAGGAUGAUCGUAUACAACCAGAUGCCGCCGAACAGAACCGAAGAGAGCUUCAACCCGUUCUGUGCGAUGACCAAAAUGGACAUCGGGAUGGGCACGCAGAUAGAGCAGCGACUCGCGCAACAGAGCGCUCACAUGGAGGCGCUAGUAGAUGACGCGAUGAAGGCAGCCAUCAUCAUGCCGACGGAUGACGCCAAACUGGACGAAUUCGUCAACUCGCGGGUGGAAGACCACCUGUCGGGCUCGUCCACGUCGCCGUCGAGCGCGUCGCACGCGUCCGACGUGCUGCUGAGCCCCAACGCGGCCGUGGUGUCACGCAACCCGCCCGCCGAUCUCCUCCCCCCCAUGCCGGCCUCCGCCAUCUCCCCCGACGUGAUCCUCAAUCCACAGGUGUCCCCCAGUUUACUUUGUGACAACGGUCAGCGCAUAGUGAUGCCCAGCGGGCCCUCGCAGGACGAGCUGAUGAUGCUCCCCGAUCAAGUGCAGCUGACGUCGGUGAAGACGCCACCGGCGGCCGUCAAGUCGAUGAUACUGAACGCGGCCGCCGAAAUCCUAACGUCGGAUUCGACGAUGAACGCCCUUGUGACGUCGGCUAUCAACACCGCGAAUAUCCUAACGACGGAGAGCGCGGGAGGUACCGCGGGGCUCCAAACGACGGCGGCACAAGAGCCCGAGCCGGCAGGGGAGGCUCCGAUGGCGGCCAUGUCGCAGGCCGUAUCGCAGGCCGUCACCCAGGCCGUGUCGCAAGCCGUUUCGCAGGCGGUCUCCCAGGCGGUCUCGCAAGAGAUGACCGCCCCCGUGCAGGGGCUGACCGACAUGAGCGAUCAGGAUCUCCUCUCCUAUAUUAACCCCAGCACGUUCGACCAGGUGUAAGUUCGCCGCGUAUUUCGCACCGCCGCGUCGCCGCGCCGCAGACUGUUAACUUACGCCUACGUUCAAUGCAUUUUAGUGAUGUGUCGAGGGCUCAAAAGCAGUUUUUAUGAAUUUUUAAUAGAUGUCACUGUACGUAGUGAUUAAUCAAUGUAGUUGUAACGCAGUCGGACAAUGAGUAAUCUCCGUUAAGUUUGAAAAACGUGAAGUGACGUGACCGUGUAUGGUUAAGAUUUUAUUAUGAUUCUCAUACCUAUUAAUUUUGUUAAAUAUUGACGGUAUGUCAUGGACGUCAAUUAAAUCAUGUGAGUCAGUAUUACAGGGGAAAUUUUAUACAAGUGUACACCGAGCGGGGUGGGAGCUAAUGGGAGAGUUGCCUGGUGUUGCCUGCAGUAAAAUGCAAUGUUGUCAUACUAACUUAUUUAUUCCAUCCAUUGUUUUUUAUUAAUCAAAUAUUUAUUUUAAAAAAUAUUACGUAGUCAUACUAAUAUAUGAAAUAAAAUGGACAACGUAAAUUCAGUCACAAAACUGUAGGUAUACGCCUAUACUCUGUUCCUUUACACUUGGUAAAUUUAUUACACAAAUUUGGUAUAUUUUUAUAUUGAAAUAAGAGUUUGUAAAAUAAACGAUUAAGUAGAAUAAAAAGGUGUUUUGGGUUAAUUGAUUAAAUUUUAAUGUAUGCUAUUGUUAUUGACGGGUUUCUACAUAAAAAUAUACCUUUAUGUGAAUGUAACAAGUGACUGGAACCAUAGAGUAUAACGAUGGACAAGUAGACUCGCAUUUCCUCCCGGACUGCCUCGCUCUGAUCAGAAGAUGUAUGUAUUUUUGAAAAGUCUUAUGAACUCUUAAAUCAAACGUGAACUUUUAUGGUUUGUAUAUCGAAUUAUACUGUGUAAAUAGAGUUAGGAUUAUAUUUAUGUUGUUACUAUAAAUGUAGUGCGGUGAGAUUAGACCACAUUAGUAGGAUCGUGUUUUAAUUAAGUGAUAUUUUAUUAUGUAUUCAGUAAGUUUGGGGCUUGAUUUGCGCAACAUUGUUGCAUUUGUUUUUAUUUUAAUUUUUUUUUCUUUAUAUACUAUACCAUAAUUUGACAGUUCAAAAAUUUAUUAUCUAUGGUAACAGUUUAUCGAUGCCUUUAUGCGUAUUUACCAUCAUUGUAGCAUAAAAAUAUAAACAUUGACAUUUAAAACUUUUGUGAUUAUGUCUAAACCACCUCAAUUAGACAUUUGUAGAUAUAAAGAACGUAUAUAGUUCGCAACUGCAACUGUCAUACGGGUUAUAAGUAAUCGCAAUAGUUUCAAUUUCAAUCUAUUAAAAUUAAAAGCUACUGCAACAUUGUUACACAAUGAGGUCUCGGAUUAAAUUAAAUAUGUAUGUUUUUAUACAUUAUUAAUUUGGGACGAUUAUUACGUUCUAAAUUUGGCUAUAUAGUUACAUUAAUAUAUUAAAUAGAUAAAUAUAAAUGAUUAAACACUUUUUAAAAUGAACUAUAGCAUGUGAAAUAUUUGAUAUAUGAAUAAAAAUAAAAUGGUAUCGAAAAGUUAUAAAUUAUAUAGGUAAUCAUAAUAAUAAUUUAAAUAUUCGACAAUUGGUAUUAAGUUAUCAGCCUAUACAAGUAAUAUGCACUGAUAAUAUUAUCUGUGGCUUAAUUAUGUAAUGCUGUUACUUAAAUUUCACAUUGAACACAUUAAAAUUUUUCCAAUAAUGUAUGAAACUCACAAAUGGUUAAAAAAACCGCAAAGCGAUGGAUUUUAAUGUAAUAAAUAAGAGUUAUUAGUAACAGAUUUACAUAAUCAACCGAUAAUUGAUAUAAGAAAAUAUUCAAAAUUCCCGCCAAAAUAUUCUAAUAAAAUCUACUUCUAAAUGUGCAACUUGAUACAGUUAAAAUUACAUACAUUACAUGUUUAAAAUGUAAUAAUAAAGUAUGUUUCAAUAGAAUCAAUGUUGCUACAUAUUGUAGUCACUAUGAGAUGGCGCCAAUCGUAUGUUGGAAAUGUCAAUUGUCUAUAGCCGCAUAUAUUCGCCCUUUGCCUUUCCUAUUGGAAAAAUAAAAAAAAACGUAAUAAAUCAAUUUAUUGAGUGUUGUUUUGGCGGGAAAUGGAAUGCAUCUGUAAUUACAAAGCUUAUUUGCAUAUCAAAAUAUUUUAAUAAAACUAUUUCAAUCUACAAAUUAAUAUAGGUAUAUCCUUUAAAUAAACGUUUGGAAUUAAAAAAACUGUCACUUGUUAACUUUUUAAUACAAUCGUGCAAUUUUUUAACUUUAUUGAAAAAGAAACGUGUCUUAAAUCAUUAUAUAUAAAAUUUUAUCAUUUGCAAUGGUUUCAAUUCUUUAAUAUUAAUAAGAACUUGUCUACUGCGCCACCUAGCGGGAAAAUAUGUAAAUAAAUUAUGAACAAUUAUAGUUAGUUGAUUUUGUGAACUGAACAAAGUUUCUAAACGCAGAAACAGAUUAUAAAUAUAUAAGAAACUUUCUAACAACUCUACUCUACUCUAAUCAUUUAAUACAUAUACCUAUAUAAUUUAAUAACUUUUAUAAUAAAAACCGACUUUUCAUGUAAUUGUGUGGGACCAUCUUCAAAGCAAACCAAGUUAGGAAAUUAUUGAACAUAAAAUUUAUUCAUAAAAUAAGCGGAUAUGUCACGCGACAUAAAACAAAGAUAAGAACAAACAGUCUAAUUAAGAAACAAAUAUAUUUAUGAAGUCGGUCCAUAAAAAAAAUGAAACCUGACGUCAUUAUGCACAUCUAUAUAUAUAUAUAAGGUAUACCUACCUUUUAUAUUUUUAUAUCAAUGUUAUAUAUAGAAAAAAACGUUGCAACGAUCGCCGCGCCUACUAUAUGCUAAAUACCUUUACUACUCAAGAACGUUACUAAUAUAAUAUAUAUAUAUAUAUAUAUAUUUAACAUAUAUAAAAAUGAUAGAUCUGUUCGAUUUAAUGUAAAUACAUAUAUAUAAAUAUAAUUGUCAAAUAUAUUAUUGUUCUCGAAAUUCGGUUUAUAAUGUAUGUAUAUGAAAAUAACAUGACAAAAAGUUAUAUAAAAUCCAAAUUCAUGUCAACUGAAUCAAUACACUAGAGUGGGAUUACACUAGUUGAGUAGUAAAAGUAUUUGGCUAGUGUUUAUAUCUAUUAAUGUAAUUGUGAUAUAAGUAACUGUUAAUUCAAUUGGCGUAACUUUAAAAUAGCAGUUAAGACAAUUGGGCUGAUUCCAUCCUCAAUAUUUGGCGGGAAAUUCUAUUUUACAAUUUGCAUACCUCUAAAUGUGUCUUGGUAUAAAGUUACGUAAUAAAUUUCAUUACGACUUGCAUAUUUGUAUAUAGUUUGACGAGAAAAAAAUACGUGUAUGACUCAUUAAGACUUACUUACAUGUUCGUUAGUUUGAUGGGAAAAAAUACGUGUAUAACACUGUUAAUAUGCGUAAGUCUUGUAGAGCCCAGUCCCGCCCAACACCCAUAUAUGUUACGCCAAAUUAGUAGCUAAUUUUUACAUGUGUAAGGAAAACUGUACUGAUGUGAUGUUAGAGCAAAGAUUUAUAUAAAAAACUAUGUUAAACAUUAUAAUGAAGAGUUCAUUUUUAUAGUUGCAUAAUGCAGUGGAAGACUACAUAUUUAUAUGUGCCAUUUAUAUGUUAUCUUAGAUUAGAAUUUAAUGUAAAUCAUAUCGUAUGGAAAUGAACUUGUUUGAGGAACGAAUACACAAGUCGUGCCUUGUGGCGUGUAACACAAGCCGAGAUCAUAUUAGGUAGAUAUAUAUACAUAUGUAUAUAUUUACGUGUAUCUCUAUGAGUGUAGUGUUGUAGACUUUGGUGCACAUAGGAUUUGCUUUACGACGCUGUUGAGAGUGGCCUUCCAACAAUCUUACGACCUACGACGCAGUAUUAUGCAGAAAUUAGACAAGGAUGGAAGUAUAGUGCCGUCUCGUGCCGUUUAAUUUUUUCCAACCAAAUUUAUAAUAGUGAUUCUAGAAUACUCAUACAAUGUAUUGUAAAAUGACAUUUCAAAACGCCAAAACGAAGUGAUAUAUACACAGUCUUUUACAUUUUCUUGACAAUUACCAUCCAUUUUUAUUUUACCUCCAAAAUAAGGAAAUCGACAAUAAUUUUUUUAGCUGUUGAAUAUACCCUCUGUAGUGCAUCGAAUCUACAUUAUUGAUAUAAGUAUUAAAUUUGGGGACCAUAUUAACAGAACAAUAUAGGUAAAUCUGAAAAUACCAAAAUACACGUUAAAAUAUAGAUAGUAAAUUUAUUAAAUAGUACACCGCCAAUAUUAACUUAUACAAAAGGGGAGAAUACAAUGUAAAAACAUAAUUGGAAUUUUUAUUAGAAUUUUACGAAUAGAAAUAAUUUAUUUUCUAUGCUUUUUGAAAGCUUCCUAGAUGAUGUUAGUUAUGUAAUGUACAGGCAUUUCAUAGAAUUAACAGAGUAUAAUAAGUAUAUACGGUAAGAAUAACAAGUAUCCCUUGUAUAGAUAAACGAGCCAAAAGUAUUUCUACACAAAUCCCCAUAAUAGAUGUAAAUGUAACAAUUAAAUUGACAAAAUAUAACAUUAAAGUUGUAUAAACCCAAAAACUACUAAAACAAUCGCACAAAAUUAUUGGGUGACAUUACCAUCGUAUAUAGACUAGAAAAAAAAUAACUCUUUAAAAGCCCGACCUACUGGGUAUUAGUAUUUUGUCACUUUGUUUCAAAUUAUUCAGAACUGUCCAAAAAUUCGCGCGACCAAAUACGCAGAUUAAUGAAUAGACUGAACUAUCGAAGCUGAUUACAAUCAUUUACGUUUGUUUUAUUCUAUGUUACAUUAUUCUGUAUCACUAAAGAAAAUCUAUUUUGUCUAUGACUUUAUUUGAUUUUUUCACAUAUUUUGACUAUGGUCAACGCUUCCAAUAUAAAAUGGUAUUUAUAUCUUAUUUAUAAAAUCUGUGAAUCUAUUUUAGCUAUUGAACUGUUGAGUCCUUUUUUUUUAAACUGUUUUUUUUAUUUGAAAAAGUGGCAAAACACUAACAUAGCAAAAUAGAUUUGUAAUUGUUUGUUUUUAUGAAUAUUUAUUAUAUAUCCAAUAAUUGGGGCCAUAUUAUACACAUAUACAGCUAUUUUAUAUAUAUAUAUGUUUAAUAUAACAAAUAUUUCUCGUCUCAUAUUCGAUACAUUUUGAUCUGCCUAAAACAUUGUGAACUGUGUUAUAUAAAACCUCUAUGUUUUUGUUUUCCAUAAAACAUCCUUUGAAGCGAAUGAAAAUAUCUUAUAAGUAUUUUUUAAUGACAUAUUUAAAGAAUUUUAAGUAUAUUAUAUUUGAAAUUUAAAUCUAAAUUGUAUAUAUAUACAUAUUAAUACAGUUAUUGUUAUAUGUUUGUUUGCGUGUCUGUGUACAGGGCAAUGUUAUCUGGGGACUUUGUUUUAUUAGUGUGAAUAUUGCUACAAUGUCAGUGUACACAGGCCUUAAAUUGUAAUAUUUUAUAUAACACGUACUAUUAUUAUAGUAUAGAUCUCUAGUCGGUCUACAUUCAAUGCAACUUGCCGAGGUUACGACGAGUAUGUGUAUGUUAUUUGUUUUGAUGUAAUUGAUUAAAUGUUAUGAAAAAAAAUGCAUCUCUUUAAUUUUAUACUCUAUUCAUUUGAGCUGUUGCUGACGUACUGUCCACAUACUUUUAUACUUCAUAUUUACAUUGUAUUUUAAAUUAAGAAUAUUAUUAUAUUUUUUUGUAAACAGAACAUUAAGUCUAAUAAAGAACAUGGACAGACAACAACUAGGCAUUGAAGUAUUAUGACAAAACAUGUAUAGAGAAGACGCCGUCAUUUUUCUAUCCAAUUGCGGCGUUAAGGCCUCAAAUCAGUCACUGAUACAAAAGCAGUCUGUAGUUACUGUGGCUAAACACUAAUUUAUGUAGUUACGUAUUCUUAUAACAUAAAUAACAGAAACAUAUGUUUCUAUCUGGUUUAACCAUAUGGUCUCUCAGAGAAAUUGAAAACUGGACUUGCUCCUACUAGACUUCUUAUUACAAUAUAUCUAUUGCCUCAGUACAAAUAUCAACUUCAAUCUUUUUAUAUUAACGAUGUACGUUAAAGCUGGUUAAAGGUGUUUACAGCUGGAGAUCUAGUCAAAAUCUUAUCUACUUUUUUAUUCAAAUCGUCUACCGCAAACAAUCGUAUACUACAGCAUAUCUAGUACAUAAAAAUAUCAAUGAAACAAGGUUAGUACCCAAAACAAGAGGGCCAUAUAAAACACAAGACUGCAACAUUGCACAUAAUUUUAUUCAAUUGAUCCUAUUUAUACAUAGAGUGUGAGCAUAUUUAACUAUUAACAUAAUUUAAUCUAACAUAAACCCAAGGUACUAUUAAACACCCUUAUUGACAAUUAUAUUAAUUUAUACAUAUCACGCCGUUCAUAUAAAAUGGCGUCAGUAGAGUCCAUUUCGAUAGGUAUCCAGCACGUGAUAGAUACAGUAUAUAUUGAUAAAUAUACUAUGUAAAGUCAACGAAUCUGCUUAUAGAAAAAAUCGAUUUUAUAUGACUGAAAUGAAAAAGCCGACGCUCCACUUGGCGGAAUGUGGGAAGCGUCGGCUAUUAUACGUAAACAGCAUCUAAAUAAACUUCAACAAAAUGAAUUUGUGAUGUCUAUAAUAUUGUUGCGUUGCCAUUCUUGAGGCCUAAAAUUUAUCUUGGGACCCUUGAAUUUCACUGGCAUUCUAACCCUUGAAACCCUGUGUUUGACAGAUAAAUGAUGGGUGCCUCUUUAAUUUAUUUUUACGCUUUCGCGUUUAGUAAACUUUAUUAAUAAAGUUAAACGGGUUUUAACACGAAU